CCAGGCAGCUCCAUGUAGGCCCCGUCCGGAGUCAUCAUGAGGAAGGGCAAAAGGAAGGGACACGACUCCAGGCGCCGAGACUCCGCCACGCACCCCAGCUCUGAUUCCAACCAGGCAGUGAACCGUAGCUUCGGGUCUGCCACGCAGCCCACCAGCUCGGACAGCACCUACCAGCCUCCCAGCAUGGAGUCCCGCCCCCAGAAUCCUGUGCUGCAGGCUCUUCCUGCUCCCGAGAUCAGCCGCCCCACGGACUGUCUUUUGCCUUUGGACACAAAACCAAAACACCCAGCCGUGAAACCAGCAGGGCCCCUGAUCCCUGCGGACCCGCGCUCCUGCACCUGCAUCCCCUGCCCAGGCAGCUCUGCCUGCUGCCAUCGUCUUGGGCAGUGCCACUGCCGCAUCAACGAUGUCCUGGUGCCUGGGAACUGGCAUCCCCUCCUGGGGAGAGGAACCCCGAGCCUCCUCACUUUCUACAGAAGAUCUGGGAGAAAGCAUUCAUUCCACCGUAACCCACGUGCUCCAAGCUCUCGGGACAGCAGCUGUGGCCCUGGGGGCCCUGGGCGCUGCCUACUACACCAUUGAAUAUUUGUGAAUGAGCCCCCACCUGCGCCCAACAGAUCCAGUGUCCACCAAGGAUCGAAUGUGUCACCGAAUAAAACAAGGGAACCAAAGGCA